CAGACUCUGUGAGGACUUAUUAUUUUCCGAUUGGCCUGGACUGGGAGAGGUUUUCUACCACAGAACUAAAACUGGAAUCAAUGCAUACAAUUUUCUUUACUACACUCCUGAGCGCGCCCCUGAUACGGAGGAAUUUUACACUCACAAUCUCACGGACAACAUGCACGCGCCUCCACCUCGGUUCAGCCCAGACAGAGCCACUACGCUGAAAUCUGUGCUAGCUAACAAGCUACCGGACAGCGGAACAAGCUCAAAAUACCGGAUACUUCAAGAUGCCGGCGGUUUCGAAGGGAGACGGAAUGCGUGGCCUCGCGGUCUUCAUCUCCGACAUAAGAAACUGUAAAAGCAAAGAGGCUGAGAUCAAGAGGAUAAACAAAGAGCUGGCCAAUAUUCGUUCCAAGUUUAAAGGAGACAAGGCCUUGGAUGGCUACAGUAAGAAGAAGUAUGUCUGCAAACUGCUGUUCAUCUUUCUGCUGGGACAUGACAUCGACUUUGGCCACAUGGAGGCUGUAAAUUUGCUCAGCUCCAACAAGUACACCGAAAAGCAGAUAGGCUACUUGUUUAUUUCCGUGCUAGUCAACUCCAACAGCGAUCUCAUCCGCCUCAUCAACAAUGCCAUUAAGAACGACUUGUCCAGCAGGAACCCCACCUUCAUGAACAUUGCCCUGCACUGCAUUGCCAACGUAGGCAGCCGUGAGAUGGCUGAGGCUUUUGCUGCUGACAUCCCUCGUAUUCUUGUAGCUGGGGACACCAUGGAUAGUGUGAAGCAGAGUGCCGCACUUUGCCUGCUGCGGCUUAACAGAACCUCUCCAGACCUGGUGCCCGUGGGCGAGUGGACCUCACGUGUCGUACACCUGCUCAACGACCAGCAUCUGGGUGUGGUGACAGCAGCAACCAGUCUGAUCACCACACUGGCACAGAAAAACCCUGAUGAGUUCAAGACCUCUGUGUCAUUGGCUGUGGCCCGACUCAGCAGAAUUGUGACCUCUGCCUCCACAGACCUACAGGACUACACCUAUUACUUUGUCCCCGCCCCCUGGCUGUCCGUUAAGCUGCUGCGCCUCCUGCAGUGCUAUCCACCCCCAGAGGAUGCUGCAAUCCGUGGCCGCUUGGCCGAGUGUCUGGAGACUAUUCUCAACAAGGCCCAGGAGCCGCCAAAAUCCAAGAAGGUUCAGCACUCAAAUGCCAAGAACGCAGUACUCUUUGAAGCCAUUAGCCUGAUAAUCCACCAUGACAGUGAACCCACCCUGCUUGUGCGAGCCUGCAACCAGCUGGGACAGUUCCUGCAGCACAGAGAGACCAACCUGCGCUACCUGGCCCUGGAGAGUAUGUGCACACUGGCCAGCUCCGAAUUCUCCCACGAGGCUGUCAAGACACACAUAGAGACUGUCAUCAAUGCUCUGAAGACGGAGCGGGAUGUGAGUGUGAGGCAGAGAGCCGUGGAUCUGUUGUAUGCCAUGUGUGACCGCAGCAAUGCGCAGCAGAUUGUGGCUGAGAUGCUCAACUACCUAGAGACUGCAGACUACUCCAUUCGAGAGGAAAUGGUGCUGAAAGUGGCCAUCCUGGCUGAGAAGUAUGCAGUGGACUACACCUGGUAUGUAGACACCAUCCUCAACCUCAUCCGCAUCGCUGGAGACUAUGUGAGUGAGGAAGUGUGGUACCGUGUAAUCCAAAUUGUCAUCAACCGUGAUGAUGUCCAAGGGUAUGCUGCCAAAACUGUGUUUGAGUCUCUGCAGGCUCCUGCCUGCCAUGAAAACCUGGUGAAGGUGGGAGGCUACAUCCUGGGGGAGUUUGGCAACUUGAUUGCCGGAGACACACGGUCUAGCCCCCUGAUCCAGUUCAACCUCCUGCACUCUAAGUUCCACCUGUGUAGUGUGCCCACCCGUGCCCUGCUGCUCUCCACCUACAUCAAGUUCAUCAACCUGUUUCCUGAGAUCAAGGGCACCAUUCAGGAUGUGCUGCGCAGCGACAGCCAGCUAAAGAACGCUGAUGUGGAGCUGCAGCAGCGGGCUGUGGAGUACCUGCGCCUCAGUUGCAUUGCAAGCACUGACAUCCUGGCGACAGUCUUAGAGGAGAUGCCCCCGUUCCCUGAACGUGAGUCCUCCAUUCUGGCCAAGCUGAAGAGGAAGAAGGGGCCUGGCAUGCUCCCCGAUAUUGAGGACAGCCGCAAGGAAAGAGCUGCUGACACCAACGGGGGUGUGGAGCCUGCAGGCUCCAGCACAAGUGCCAAGAUCUCUCCUCCAUCCUUCAUCAGUGAUCUCCUGGCUCCGCCGCUGCCCCCCACCCCCCGACCACGCCCUCCCUCUUCCUCCCCUCUGCACACCCCCCUCACGCCUUUGCCCCCUGAGGCCACCAUGGUCCCCAAGACGCCAUCUAUAUGCCCUCGUCUCCAGGCCACGCCCCUGCCCUCCACUGACCUGCUAGGUCUGGUCACUCCUUCCAUUCUAAACUCCACCCCUCCUACCCCAUCCAGUCUGCUGGUAGAUGUUUUCUCUGAAAACCAUGCUGCAGCUAGCACCGGAACACCAGUUGCGCCUGUUGCCGAUGACAACUUCUCCAGGUUUGUGUGCAAGAAUAACGGCGUCCUGUAUGAAAAUCAACUGCUCCAGAUAGGACUGAAGUCUGAAUUCAGACAGAAUCUCGGUCGCAUGUAUGUCUUUUAUGGUAACAAAACCUCUACACAGUUCUUAAAUUUCACCUCCUCCGUGGUUUGUCAGGAUGCUUUGAAAACUCAACUCAGCAUUCACACCAAACCUGCAGACCCCAUUGUGGAUGGGGGUGCCCAGCUUCAGCAGAUCCUCAACAUCGAGUGUGUGUCCGACUUCCUGCUGGCACCUGUCCUCAACAUCCAAUUCAGAUAUGGAGGUACUCUGCAGAAUAUAUCUGUCAAGCUGCCCAUCACACUCAAUAAGUUCUUCCAGCCCACAGAGAUGACAUCACAAGACUUCUUCCAGCGCUGGAAGCAGCUAAGCGCUCCCCAGCAGGAGGUACAGAGGAUCUUUAAAGCCAAGCAUUCCAUGGACACAGAGGUCACCAAAGCCAAGAUUAUUGGGUUUGGUGUUGCCCUGCUGGACCAGGUGGAUCCAAACCCCUUCAACUUUGUUGGUGCUGGUGUUAUCCAUACUAAGACCACACAGGUGGGCUGCUUAUUGAGACUGGAACCCAACACACAAGCACAGAUGUACCGUCUAACACUACGAACCAGCAGGGACACAGUAUCUCAGCGCCUCUGUGAACUGCUCUCAGAUCAGUUUUAAUGCUCCUCAGCCUUGCGAAAACCCUAAUCAUGCUAACUUCAGAUGUCCAUGUAUACAUGAAUCAUAGAUACUACCCCAGUGAUCCUAAUCUUAAUGUCUCUAUCAGUGCAAUGCCCAUCCUCCUUGUCUCUCCUUCCUUACCUUAAAUCAUUUGAAUUGCUUCAAUGUACAGUGUAAAUUUUUUUUUUAUUUUUUACUUAUAUGAACUGUAUGAAAUUACUUUUUUCUUUUAGCUUUACUAAUAAUUUGUUGUCUGCAUCAUAUCUAAAUAUCCAGAAAAGAAUCCAGCUCUACAUGGUUGUGUUUUUGCCAAGGUGGUUGUAUAUUCCUCUAAAGGAAAAGCAGGUUGAUAAAUAGGUGAAAGGACUAUCAGCAGGUAAGCAUGUAUGGGGAAACCCAGCUGCUCCACACACACUGCAGUAGCCUGAUGUGCCCUCAGACCCAGCCUGAUACAGUGGACUUGUACAGACAUGGGGAGAACUUUGACAGGACAUGUCACAACUGCACAGAUUUUACAGAACAUUCCCCAACUGUACAGGCAGACCGCAUAGCUCCUGUUCCCACAGAAUGACAAAACUCUUCCACUUAUAGUUGAUAGCCUAAAACACGACAUUAUGUCCAGAAGUUUAAAAUAGUAUGGCCACAGUCCGUAAUCAGAGUGUGUUUCUCUGUGUAAGUGUGCCUGUGUGUGUAUGUGCGAGUUUGUGUUUGUG